AUGAGUCCUUGCAUAGAAGAAAGUUGUCUAUUUGUCGGGGAGGUCGCGACGCAGACCGAUGCCCAGGAGGAGGCGGUCACCUGCCGCGAAAGAGAUACAUGUAGUUGGCCACCGCAGAAUCCUGCCGGCGUGUUUGCAAGUUUAUGCAUUGCGGUCACGCUUGCAGGGUGUUGCGCGUCUCUGAGCAAGAUGUUCGACGACUCACGCACUCGCGAAGCCAUCACUACGGACAAACACGUACUAAAGAGUCUUCAUUAUCAGGCGUGCCCGAUCAGAGAGGCGUGCCAGUGCAUAGAGAGCAUACCAGCGUUCCACCGGGCACCGUGCGCGAGGGAGAUUGCCCCUCCCCCCCCCUCCUCCACGACACCGGCAUGCUUGGAGAAUGUCGUGCCUGGCGCUCUUGGCUGGGAGGGGAGCAUCCUGGAUGCCACUGGUGCUUUAGAGUGCACUUUCCUGAAGCCUCCAGAGCGCCGUGAGCUCGAACGGGAAGCCCAAACGUGCUUGGAGCCAGACCGCGGAGUGAACGGCAACAAGAGCGCAAUGUUCGUAUUCGGAGAUUCUCAUGCGCGUAUGUUGCUCGUUGGGCUUCGGAAGAGAUUCGGUGGCAACCUGUCCGUCCGUUUCCUCUGCGUUUCUGGCUCCUGGUGUUCUGGGUUUUGCGGCCUGAGGAGCCAUCAGUCAAUAUUCAAGGACACAUGCGACAACUACGAUGAGGUUGUGACGAAAUCCCUUCGCCACUUGCUGCGUCCUGGCGAUAUCGUCAUCUUGAGCAAUUAUGAUUCAUUUGUGGCCGGAAAGUUCAGCAAUAAUGCAUCGUUAGAGGUGAUGGUGACCAGGAUCGGGGAGUUUUACAAUGUUGUACAUUCGCAAGGUGCGAACUUGGUGUUAGUGGGAUCUCCGCCGCAUAUAGGGUGUCCUGACACAGAGAACUACUUGUUGAAGUGCUCCCCUGGGCAGCAUGGUAGCAUGCCGUGUAGAAUGUGCGAUGUCAACGUGGCAGCGUCCGAGCUAGCACACAAGCCUCUGAAGGAUGCCUACACCCGUUUAGCAAGUGAGCUCGAUGGCACAAUGUUUUUUGACAUCCAUGAGCUUCUCUGCGACAACGUCACCUGUGGUGCGAUGAUUCCGGGAACUCGUGUGAUGGGCCACAGAGAUUCCCACCACCUCACUCGAGCGGCUUCCAUCUAUUUGGCGCAGUUCCUGUGUUCCGCUCUGGGCAAAGCUGGCUGGAUGCCCAAGUAG